AUGGGGCCGGGGUGGCUGCCGCCCGGGCUGGCGCUGGUGCUGGCGCUGGCUGUGGGGUCCCAGCCGCGGGAGCAGCUCCCCAGGGAGUCCCAAAACCUCAACUGGAACAAGUUCUCAGGGUUCUGGUACAUCCUCGCCGUGGCCUCUGACACCCGGGGGCUGUUGCCGGGCGGAGACCGGAGGAAGCUGGGUGCGUCUGUGGUGCAGGUUCGAGAAGUGGGCCGGCUGAAGGUGGUCCUCGCCUUGGACGGGGUGCAGGGGUGCCAGUCACACACGCUCAUCCUGAGGAAGGACAGGAAGAAGGCCGUGUUCAGGAACACCCCUAAGGGAGUGCAGGGCUUCCGCGUGCUGUCCACCGACUACAGCUACGGCGUGGUGGACCUGCGCCUGGGGCGGGCCGGCCGGGCCUCCAGGACCCUGCUGCUCUUCAGCAGACAGAACGAGUCCAGCUUCCCGAGCGUGAGGAAGUUCAUAGACAUCUGUGAGAUUCUGGAGCUCGCGAGGGGGGCGACCAUCCUCCCCAAGGACGGUAACGCGCACUGGAGCGCCCCCACGCGGGCGGCGGGGGGAUGGGAGGCAGAGGAGGCCCCACGGAUACGGACGCUGGAGGACCACCGCUGA